AUGUCCGCCGCUAAAAGACCAGCCUCAGAUGCUGACGCAUCUUCGGCUUCAUCUUCGGCCCCAAAGAAGAUCGACUCCAAAGGCGUCGCCCAGCUAAAGCCAGAAUACAUUGUCCUCAACGACCAGCCCUCAACCGUGCAGUACGACGACGAAGAGUCCUCGUCCUCCCGUCUAGACCUCGACGCCCAGCAAAACGGUAACGGCAAGGGCAAAAAGAACAAGAAGUCAAAACAAAGAGGCCAAAACAAAAACCGUGACAACAGACAGGCAAGGGAACAGAACGCGUUAUGCUCCAAGUUCGUGUGCAACGUCAACGCUACGUGUCCGUUCGGUGACAAGUGCAGGUACGUGCACGACGUUAAGCAGUACCUCGAACACAAGGCACCAGAAAUCAAGUCCGAGUACUUCCCAGUGUGUCCCGUGUGGCAGUCGCUUGGCUACUGUCCAAUGGGGUACAAGUGCUGCUUCUUGUCCUCCCAUUGCAACCUAGAGACCCUUGAAUUGAACGAAGUACAGGACCCAGACACUAAACAGAAGCUCUACGACGCAAACCACGAGAUCAACCACAUCGACGGUGAAAGGAAAUACGAUUUGAUCAAGAAACGCUUCCCCUUCACCAAGAGCGAACACAUCCUAGAGAUCAUCGACGCCAUGCAGCAGGAAAAUAGAGAUUCGAUGGCCGAGGCAGAAGCCGGAGCUAAGGCCAGAGCCAAGGCUAGAUCUGCUGCGCAGCAAGACGCUGAAACUCCUGCUCCAACAGAAGCUGGAGAAGCUCCAGCAGCAGAAGCUCCAGCAGCAGAAGCUUCACAACCUCAGCUCUCCCCACAAGCACUAGAACAAAAAUCAAAAGCGGACCGCAAGAGAGAAAGACAACGGGAAUUGUACCUCCAAUACCGCGACACCCGCUACUUCGCACAAGAAAAACGUAAGCUAGACCUCCACCACAAGAAAAUCGUCUCCCCAUUGACCACCGUCGGAAACCUCCCUUACCGUCGUCUAAUGCGCAAACUCGGUGCGGACGUUACUUAUUCAGAAAUGGCCUUAGCGGUUCCGCUCAUUCAGGGUACUAACUCAGAAUGGGCUCUUCCGAAGGCUCACUGCACCGAAUUCCCGGGAUUCGGUGUCCAAAUCGCUUGCUCAAAGACUUGGCAAGCAGCAAAAGCAGCAGAAGCCAUUGCUGCAAACAUCUCGGGCGUCAGCGAAAUAAACUUGAAUAGUGGUUGCCCAAUUGAUCUUCUAUACAGACAAGGAAGCGGAAGUGCCUUGUUAGACAACCCUGCAAGAAUGAUUCGUUGUCUAAACGGUAUGAACUACGUCUCAAACGAUAUCCCAGUCACAGUAAAGAUACGUACCGGUACCAGAGAGGGCCAUCCAAUUGCCCUAUCCAUCACCAAGAGACUGGUCAUGGAAACUGACGUCGCCGCUAUCACUUUGCAUGGUAGAACUAGACAACAGAGGUACACCAAACUGGCUGAUUGGGACUACGUCGGAGAAGUAGCCAAUGCCGUUAGAACCUAUGAAGCAGAAAAGCAAGAAAACAAAGAGCUAAGAGACGGCCAAAAACUACAAUUCGUCGGUAAUGGUGACUGUAAUAACUGGGAAGAUUGGUACAAGCAUUUGGAAAACGAAAACAUCGACAGUGUCAUGGUAGCGCGCGGUGCCUUGAUCAAACCAUGGAUCUUUGAAGAAGUUGACGCCAAACAAUACUUGGACAAAUCCUCUACCGAAAGACUCGAAAUUUUGAAGGACUACGCCCAAUUCGCCAUGGAUCACUGGGGUACAGACCAAUUUGGUAUUUCGCAAUGUCGUAGAUUCUUUUGCGAAUUUAUGUCUUUCUUCCACAGAUACGUGCCAAUGGGUAUUUGCGAAAGGUAUCCUGUCUUAUUGAACGAGAGACCACCAAAUUGGAAGGGCCGUGAUGACCUUGAAACUUUAUUAGGAUCUGCCGAUUCUAAUGACUGGAUCAAAUUAUCUGAACUCUUCUUCGGUAAGGUCAACGAUGAAUUCGUUUUUACUCCAAAGCACAAGAGUAACUCUUUUGCUCCCACUACUAACUGA